UAGGAAAGAAAAAGAGGGCUGUGCUUUAACUCUGAAGCGCUUUAUAAAUGGAUAUUUAUGAGUAUUAGCGAAGACACAGAUCAAAACAUUUGAUUGUGACUGUUAUCUCCAUAUGGACCUAAUCGAUCGAGAAUUUCAAAGAUCAAUAUCAUCAUCUAUUUGUGUGCAUCUGAACGAAUUUGCAAUACAAACACACAAGACAUCCAUACAGUUCGCUUGAUAUCAUGUUGGGCGAUGCUUUUGGUCGUCGUGUCGAAUCAAGCGUGGACAAUAAAGCAGUGAAGAUUAACAGAUCAAAACAAGUGCUCUUGAAGAAAAGAGGACGAAACGUUCACAGCAAAGCCAACAACACAUCAGCAAACAUCCACAGAUGCAGCUCUAAUGAAGAGCUCAAACCUGCUCAGUUCAAACCAGCACCCAAUAAACAGCAGCUGAAGUCCUGCACUGCAGAGCGAGGAAGCCAGAUCAGCGGAGCGUCUGUCCUGAACUGCAGCCGGCUGGAGCAAACCACAAACAACCUAAACAGACGGACACAGCGGAGCAAGCACCCAAAAAACACAAGACAGGACAAGCCCACAUCCACAGAGAAGAGCCCAGAAAACCUGAAGAAGGGGAACGACUGCGCUCCUGAGCUCUCCUCGGAGGCAGAGAAGACAUACGCCGGGGCAAAGUUCAGCGAGCCGCCAUCCCCAAGCGUCCUGCCCAAACCGCCCAGACACUGGGUAGGAGACCACGCUCUUCAGCACACACACAAACACUGCAGCAGAGAGCAGAUGUCUGAACACCUCAAGACACUGCUGAAGGUCCAAGCAGAUCCCUCAGCAAACUGACUCGCUUUAAUAGAUCAUCUAGCAUCUUCUAGAGCAGUGUUUCCCAACCCUGUUCCUGGAGGCACACCAACAGAACAUAUUUUGGAUGUCUCCCCUAUCUCACCCAUUCACUUCAGGUGUUGGAGUCUCUUCUAAUGUUCUGAUGAGGUGUUUCAGGUGUGUUUGAUUAGGGAGAGCUUGAAAAUGUGUACUAUUGGUGUGCCUUCAGGAACAGGGUUGGGAAACACUGGUCUAGAGGACUAUCGGAUGUGUCAGAUGAUUAGUAAAGCACCCUUAAAUGAUAAACUUGAUGGGAUGGAUCACAACUCCAUUGACUCUGAUGGAACGGUUUUCAUGGAGCCUCACAAUAGUUCCCGGAAGUAAGUGUCAAAACCACGUCCAAAAUCAAUACGUCUGUUUGACAUCCACACAACGAUGCCUUUUUGACCACCAAAAUAACGACACAAAAUGUACAAACCACCUCGAGGUCAAAACAGCAUCAAACUGACGUCAAACAUUCAGGACAGCCUUGUAAUCGAUUUUUGUAAAGCACGCUUGAGUUAAACAUGAAGUGAUGGACGUGGUCAACAACAUGGCAGGAACAAAUCCCGGCUCUGCCAUCUGAGUGUUGCAGCAAAAGUCAAGAAUCAUUAGUCCAGACAAACUUUUCCCACAGGUGAGCGUCUUGAUGUGAAAACGACUGCAGAUCAGUCUGAUGUAAAAACCAUGACGUCUAUUGGACGUCUGCACAGUGAUGUCCUUUUGACCACCAAAAUAACGACACAAAAGUAUUAUGAUAUAAAAAUAGUGUUCUUCUUCUGAAAGUUUUCAUUUGUUGUCAAAAGGCAUUAAAUAUACCCGUGAAAAAUGCUAAUCGAUCUGAUGUCGAAACCAUGACGUCCAUUUGACGUGUAUUGACCUUAUUCUUCGAUGCGGACGUGCGCUCGUUUUUGCGAUUGUUUUAGAACUUCCGACUCAGCUGCCUAUGGGAGAAAUGACUAGGAAUAAUAAACGGCAGAAAACGGUUAAACUACUACUCUACACGCAAGUGUGUUCAUGACUAUACAGACAAAGUACAAUAAUAUAAUAAGAAAACGUCAGUUUGCAAAAUCAAGCUGCAAACCGAGCUGUUUUUACGUCUAAAAAUGAAUGGAAAUGAAUGAGAGGAAAUCUCGAGACAAAAAGAUUCCAAUGGCUGCGCCCACUCAUACGUGAAGAAUAAGGUGAAUAGAGAGAGAGCGUUGAGACUCCAAUGGGAUGUUUUCCAUGGAGCCUCGCAAUAGUUCCUGGAAGCAGGCAUCGAGUACCAUAGAGAAAAGAAUAUUUGUGAUGCAUUUUAAUGAGGAAAGGCAAUUAAAGAGGAUGAUUUUAUGUUAAUUAGCACAUCUUAUAGGAUGAGAGACUAUUCCUCAUCACUACUGUAGAUUUAGGAGAUCCCGCAUAAAAGGUCUGAAGUAAUUUAUAGGAUAUUUAUAUUUACAGACUUUUAUUUUUUACUUAUUAUCUUUAUUUAUCAAACAUUACAUUUAGAUUUAUAUUAUUUUAUAUAUUAAUAUAAUGUUAUAUAUUAGUAUCAUUAUUAGCAAGGGAUUUUCUAAGUGGUUCACGUGUUGGUGUACUCUCAGUGCUGGGUUGUGGCUGGAAGGGGAUCUACUGUGUAAAACAUCCGCCAGAGUAACCUGGGACUUAGUCAAAGGAAAAUCAAUUAAUGAUAUAUAUAUAUAUAUAUAUACACACACAUACACAUACAUACAUACAUACAUACAUACAUACAUACAUACAUAUAUACACACAGAUGAAGUCAGAAUUAUUAGCCCCCCUUUGAAUUUUUUUCUUUUUUAAAUAUUCCCCAAAUGAUGUUUAACAGAUUCAGGAAAUUUUCACAGUAUGUCUGAUAAUAUUGUUUCUAAUGGAGAAAGUCUUAUUUGUUUUAUUUCAGCUAGAAUAAAAGCAGUGGUGUGGGAUGAAUCAGGGAGCUGUGGGCACUGGCGCGUUUGUGGGGGGAGGGAGGGGUACAGGCUGAUAGGGGCACCUCAGCCAAUGAGGGCAGAUGGGCAGUGGCUCUAGCCACCGGGCCACUCCCAUGCACGGCCCAGCCCUCGAGUUAAACAUGAAGUGAUGGAUGUGGUCAACAAUAAUACUUGGGUUGAAGGCAGGGACAAAUCCAGCUAAAAAAUCAAGACUCAUUGGUCCUGACCAUCUUCGCCUAACAAGCGAGCACCUUUGAUCUAAAAGCGAGAUAAAGAAAAGUCAAAAAUGCUAAUCCAUGUCAAAGCCAUGACGUCUAUUUGACGUCUGCAUAAUGAUGUCCUUUUGACCACCAAAAUAAUGACAUUAAAGUAUUAUAAUACAGGAACAGUUUUAUUCAUCUGAAAGCUUCAGUAACAAACCACAGAUCUGGAUUUUGUGUUCUUACCCUGUUGUCAAAACAAGAACAGCCCUGUCAUUUUUUUAUCUAAAGCACUCUUGAGUUAAACACGACGAGGUUUACCUGAAGACUCCAUUUAGUCUGGUUACUGAAGCUCACAAUCCUGUCAUGAUUUGUUAACACUAGUUUGUGUGUUAUUUUGCACAAGAAUGAGAAGUGUGUGUCGGGCAGACGCUCCAGGAUGAAGAGCUGGACAGCUGAUUGUAGGAAAAUGAGAUUGUUUGUAUCUUGUAUCGAAGCACUUUGGACAGUAGAGCAGCCGCUUGUGUCCACUUCAGACAAUGAUGUGUUCGUGUUAUGUGCUGCACACUUUGAUUUGAAUCUCUUGAAUGUACUGUUUUGCACAUGAUCUGCGGUCACGCUUGAUUUGAAAUGCUUUCCCCAAUAAUGUUUAGUAUUAUCUGCAUCAUUUCUGCAAAAAAUAUAUAUCUGUUUUCUAUUGUGUUCAACAAAAACCAGCAAGUAUUUUUGGUUUUCAUCUGUUUCUUCUGCGCACUAUUAAAA